GCGGAGCCGGGUCGGCCACAUUCGGUCACUUGGUUGCCAGUGGUAGUCGUCGGUCAGUCCUCCACCCAGCGCAGACGAGCAAUAGGUUGACAGCGGCCCUACACCGACAAUGAACGGACUAGACGAAGAGACGAUGGCCCCGCAGACGUUCCUUUACGGAUGUGUGCUGGAAGCUGGCAAAGACGUGGUGUUCAAUCCUGAGGACGAUGAAUUUGAGCAUCAGCUAGAUCUGAGGAUGGCCUGCGUGGAUCCCGGCACAAAGGACGAACUUCACAUGGUGGAGGUGGAAGGACAAGACACGGAGGGUCAGAAAAUCAAGGCAGUGCUCGUUUCCCUGAAGCCCUCCACCCUGCCCAGCGUUUGUCUCGGUGGUUUCACAAUCACACCCCCAGCGGUUUUCCGUCUGAAGGCAGGUUCUGGUCCAAUCCACAUCAGCGGACAGCACCUCGUCAUGAUGGAAGCCGACCAGUCUUUUGAUGAAGAGGAUGACGAGGAGGAUGAGGAGGAGGAGGACGUCAAAACAUCAAAGAAGAGGCCUGCCCCCUCUUCCGCCUCCAAGUCCCAGAAAAAGAUGAAGAUUGAAAUGGAGGAUGAGGACGACGAUGAUGAGGAUGAUGAUGAUGAGGAUGAUGAGGACGAGGAGAGCGAGGAGGAGGUAACACCCGUUAAGGCCAAGCAGACGCCAUCCAAAAAACCUGCACCUGCUCAGAAUGGCAAGAGUCCAAAACCCAACACUCCUGCUGCAAAGCAGGAGAAGACCCCUAAAGCGAAGACCCCCAAGUCACCCAAGUCACCCAAACCCCCCGCAACCCCCAAGGUGAUUCUCACUAUUCCAGAGAUCAAGGUCAAGAUUAUGGAGGCGGUGAAGAAGGGAGUGUCAUUACCCAAGGCUCAGCCCAAGUUUGAGAACUUCGUGAAGCACGGUUAUAAAGUCUCAGAAGCCAAGGACAUUGCCGAGCUGUGGACGUGGAGACAGACGGUGAAGGAUGCCAAAUAACUAAAUAAAUAAAAGUAGUUUUAUUAUCUCUUUUUACGACUUUGUUUAUAUCCACCGCACCCCUCAAACUCCCCGAAGCCGAACUCGUCCCCUUCCAGUCUGUCCUGAAUCUGUUCAAAAUCUUAAUCCAGCGCCACCCACGGUCCCGCAUCAAGAGACCUGACCGGUCGUGACAUGGGCGGUGACGCUGCUCCACCUCCAUCAAGCUCUCACCGGGGCAGAGAAUAAGUUAGUCUGUCGAAUAAAGCCCCGGGAGAACCCAACUUACAAAUUUGCAUCUUUGUAAAUGUGUUAAUAAAAUCCUUGUUCAAUCUUUGGCAACACUGUGCAGGAACAAUAUGUAGACAAAUGCAUCCGAUCAAUACACGCAGCACCAGUAGUAACAAGGCAGCUGAAGAACGAUUUCAAAUUACUUUUCAAUAAAACAUCCGCUCGUAUCGGUCAGUUUAGGUAAAGUAUCGUCACGAACAAACUGCACUUUUUGAAAUACUUUGAAUGUUUCUGCUGUUCUGAGAUUCCUGUGGUAAACAAAUGCGUUGUUUUUUUCUAUUUGACAUUUGUACCUGAAAUCAAAUGUUCUUGCCAUUUAUCAUGUACUUUACCGUCCAGCGAAUUCUGUAUUAAACCACAAGCUCCAUCAACCAAGUGAAAUAAGUGCAGCUCCCUCCACCUCUCAUCUCUGUUGGUCUUUGAGUGACUGAAUGCAUGAAGGAAUCUGCAAAUUUUUUUUUUUGAGAAAGUUAAAACCUCAAUGCAGAUGUGGAAAAUUCUUGGAGAUAUUUUAUUUUGUUUUUUUCUGAAAAAAUGCCCACGUGUAGUUGACGUUUAUCGAAGCCACACCUUGUCCUUUUCUUUUGAGCAGUGAACGUUGGGUCAAAGUUGUAAAAUGUUGGUGCUUGUUAACAGCAGAUCAUUCCAUGUUUGCAAGAGACAAAGGAGUUUGUUUGACUUGAGAUAUGCACCAACCUCUCGAGAUUGAUUCAAUAAAAAUGUGGAUCAACUCCUUUUUGUCUGCAGAGAAUAAAGAUAGAAGAAGAUAAACAGUU